AAAUAGUCGCCUUUUCGGCUGCCAGCGAAGACGGGCAGGGCACGCACCGGCCCCGCGCCCACCCGCAUCCCUCCCCCAGAGCGCUGCUGAUCCAGCUCCCAGUACCUCAGAAAGAUGGAAGAGAAGCUGAAGAAAUCCAAGAUCAUCUUUGUGGUGGGCGGACCUGGCUCAGGAAAGGGCACCCAAUGUGAAAAGAUCGUCCAGAAGUAUGGCUAUACACACCUCUCCACCGGGGACCUCCUGCGGGCUGAGGUCGGUUCCGGCUCAGCCAGGGGCAGGAAGCUGUCAGAGAUCAUGGAAAAGGGGCAGCUGGUGCCACUGGAGACGGUGUUGGACAUGCUCCGAGAUGCCAUGUUGGCCAAGGUGGAUACCUCCAAAGGCUUCCUGAUUGACGGCUACCCUCGGGAGGUGCAGCAGGGGGAGGAGUUUGAACGCAGGAUCGGACAGCCCACGCUGCUGCUGUAUGUGGAUGCAGGCCCUGAGACCAUGACCCAGAGGCUCCUGAAGCGCGGAGAGACCAGUGGGCGAGUGGAUGACAAUGAGGAGACCAUCAAGAAGAGGCUGGACACCUACUAUAAGGCCACAGAGCCCGUCAUUGCCUUCUAUGAGAAUCGAGGCAUUGUGCGCAAGGUCAAUGCUGAGGGCUCCGUGGACAGUGUCUUCUCCCAGGUCUGCACCUACCUGGAUGCCCUCAAGUAGCAGCUCCAGAGCCCCUUCCUCAGUUCUGAGCCCCACCCUCCUGCCCUCCUCGAGGUCUCUGGCCUGAGCUCAGUGCCCCACCCCACCCAGCUGGAACACAGACAGAGGAAGCCACUUUAUCCUGUUUUCGUGGACAGCCGAACACUAAAGGAAUUUCCAAGGACA